UGAGGCCAGGCCCCCCUGACUCAUGACACGGCCCCUGAGCUGUGGCCCUGCCCCCUUGUCAUGUGUACACGCACCACAGGCACGUGCUUGCAGGGACUUGACAGGGCUGCUCCAUGGCACCAGUCUGCUCCUGAUAUACGUGGAUACUACAGACUGCCAUCAUGAAUACACUGGGAGCAGAGGCACUCAGUGGUGCAUUUUCCCGUGGCUUCCCGCUCCGAGAAAAUCUUCCAGCAGCUGCCCACUGGGCAUUUCUGACUGUCCCAUGUCAGGGAAAACACACCUGAUGCGACCACACCAGACAAGGAGCGUCUGUGUAUGUGAUCCGUGACACGUCACCACUGUGACAUCAUCUUUAUUUAUAAACACAUCCAGCUGGUUAGACGGAGUCAUAGAAUUAAACAGCAAACGUCACAUUAAAAGGCCAGGGACGCAGGGAACAUGCCCUUGGUGUCGACCUCCCAAUCGGCCCGACCAUGAAGCUUUUUGGGGCAAUGUCCCAUGUGUGGGCUACGGUGUGAUGUACGGUAGGGCUUUAAAGGCCUCUCACCUGAUAGAAGAGGGACCACCUCCUCAACCUGGAGACCUAAUUGAAUUCAUCCGCCCAAUCUAUCAGCAUUGGGGCAUAUAUGUGGGGGAUGGCUAUGUUGUGCAUCUCACAGAUCAGGAAGGCUGGUCUAGCUUAUCGUCAGCUUUUGGAGGCUCUGCAGUAGUCAGGAAAGAUCAUCUAGAGCAAGUUGCGCAAGGAUGCAAUUACAGGGUCAAUAAUAAAUAUGAUCUGAAGAAAAGUCCUUACCCUCCAGAAAAGGUGGUGCAGGCGGCACUGGAGCAAGUGGGUCAGACAAUGCCUUAUAGUGUCACCACUGCCAACUGUGAACACUUUGUGACAGAAAUCCGAUAUGGAAACUGCUUCUCUGAUCAGGCUGCUAAUGUUACACUGUACGCAGCUGUUGGAGGCGGGAUUGUAGCUGCGGCACUGGCCACCAUUGCAGUUGUUGUGAGGAGCAAACGGCAGAACCAGUGACCAUAUGAUUCAGCAUCCAUAUAAUGGUGGGAGAAGACACUGAAGUGCACCAAGAAGUGUUGAUGGAGCAGUAUAUUUGUGUUGGCAUACUCACCUGGCUCUAUUAAAACAAGAAGCCUGCCGGAACUAAUAAAACGAUGUUUCUUUAUAGGCAUAGUACAGUAAGUGGCAAGACUCCUCCUAAAGCCAGGUCCUUCUCAGUCAUACAUUUGUGUGCUUCUGCGUCUCCGAUCGCUGACCCCUAUGCUUGCAUUAGUCUGCUAUUAUUAAAAUCUCAGUGUAAACUGUUACUCAAAACAAAACACCUGAAAAUAGCAGAGGCACGACUUUCUGUUAUUUGGUCUUGUGUAAGAGACACAUAAAAGUACUGGAGUUAAUGAAAACUGUCUGCCUUAUAUUUCUAAACUCUUUAUCUAGCUGUACUGCAAAAUGGUAUUGUGAUUUAUCAGGUUUCAAAGAACAGUAAAAGAUAGCCUAUUGUCCUGAGGUCCAUGCAGCGUCCAGAGCUUGUUUUAGGCUACAUGGAUACGCAAAGUGAAUCUUGGAUUACUUGAUUUGUCAUCUUUUAUUUGCAGUGCUUACUUUAUUUGAUAUAAAUGUCCAUCUCUCGCUUAAUUGAAUUAUGACAGUCUGCCAUAUGGGAAUACUGUAUGAUGAGAGCAAUUAGCCCAUUCUAUGGAACCCAUUCAGUCUCCGUUCGAGAUACUGUAAAUGUCAUUCAUACUUUUUCCUUCUAGGUUGGAUGGACCACAUAAAUGUACAUGAGUGCCCCAUAAAGACAGCAGCUGUAUCAAGGGACACUGGUAGAGAGUACAUAAAAUGAGUGGCGUUUUCUAGGAAAGGUUUUGAAUUUUCUAAUAUGCAUGUCUGAGCAGGCCAAUAAAGUGAUUGAUCUACCUA